GACAUUGAACUCGAAAUGUCGUGCAACCUGUCGAAAGCUGCAUUUUUGCAAACUUUUCGCAAGCUGUCAUGUGUUCAUUCACAACUUUUAUUGUUGAGAGGUGUACAUGUAUCCCAGUUCAAACCACCAGUGGUUCCCACUGACAUUGAUCCUUUUCCUUUAUUUAUGGAAGAAGGGGUUCAAACUAUACUCAAUGACAUUACUGGGAUAGAUUUGAAGAAGACUGCUCUGCUACAACCUAAGAAGUUGCCCCUUAAACCUGUGCUGAGGGCUGUCCCAGAUAAGGAAUUGAAAAGGUUACAAGCAGACUCUUUCAAAAAAGAAAGAUCAAAGAUAGAACAACGGCCACCAUUCAUGAGGGCAAGAAAAGAAAUCAGCCGUGAGUUAGCCAGGAACCCUGAGAUAGCCCCUGUCAUGACGAACAAUCUACUGUUUAUCGACACUUCAGCUUUCACUCGCUCAGAAAGAGCCAACAAGGACAAGGUCGUGGUGGUCAGGGACACAGAGGGGACACUAAGGACCGCCACCCAGGAGGAAAGAGACCGAGCCAUACAGAUAGCCUUCCCUGUCAGGGGCAGGACCAUAUUCCCAUCCAGCUUCUUCAAACCUGAGAACCUUCAUAAUGCUCUCCAAAGAUGUCGGCACAGCUAUGUCCUGGAUAAAGUAUGUGUCCAGUAUGAUCCUGAUCACCCAGAAUUCCUCAGGAUCACUAAAGAGAUCUACGACUAUAUCUUGGAGAGGAGGGAGUUUGAUGCUUUGCGUGGCACGCGUCAUUUUGGAUCCAUGGCAUUCUACUUAUCCUUAUGUCACAGAGAGUAUGAAUUGGUCUUGGACAUGCUAGAGAGAAAACUCAUCGUUGAUGUUAUGGAUUACAUAAGACUUCACAGAAAAAUACACAGUCAAGAAGGGUCAAAAGGAUCGCUGUCUAGACCUCUUGGCUAUGAUAAAAAGAACUUUGAGAAAUUAAUGGGAUUAUACAUGAAGAGGAUAACUGGAAAUAGGAAAAAACAGGCUGAGAAGAUGGUGGAGUCAUUACUUGAAGCUGGUUUGCCAGAAAUCAUCAAGGAAAACUUGUCACAAAGAGAACUUAUUGACAGCUAUUUGAAAUUGGAAACAAAUGUUUAUUAAAUUGUUGUAAUAAUC